AUGGUGAGACACUCUAAGGGUCGUCAAAAGAUAGAGAUGAAGAAGAUGACCAAUGAAAACAAUCUCAAUGUGACCUUUUCGAAGCGCAGAAAUGGCGUUUUCAAGAAAGCUUGUGAACUUUCAACUCUUUGUGGAGUUGAAGCUGCAGUCAUAGUGUUCUCACCAGCGAAAAAGGCCUUCUCAUUUGGCAACCCUAGUGUUGAGUCUGUAGUUAAUCGCUUCCUCACCGGAAAUCAUCCCCCUACGUUAGGGACUGCAAGGCUCGUUGAGGCUCAUCGCAGCGAGAAUGUUCGCAACAUUAAUUACCAACUCACUCAGGUGCUUAACGAAUUAGAAGAAGAGAAAAUCCGCGGCGCGGAGCUGAGAAAGCUGAGGAUGGCUAGACAGGAAGAGUGCUGGUGGGAGAAGCCAAUCCAGGAGCAAAGCUUGACACAGCUUCUGCAAUUUAAGCUUGCUUUGGAGGAGCUAAAGGAGAAUGUUGCAAAAGAAGCUGAGAAUUUGAUGUUUCAAAAUUCUCAACAAUUCUUUACUACAAAUGAUGUUGAUUUUGAUGGUGGAGUUAUGGUUCCUAGUGCAGGUGUAGGUCCAAGAACUCUUGGAGGUGCAAAUGAUGUUCUUGGGGGUCCAAACACUGGUAUUACUAAUCCAUACGAUAUGAGUACUGCAGCCUAUGAACCAAAUAUGAUGCCUUUUGGAAUGCCUCCUUUAUAA